UCCGAACAGCCUUGUAAAAACAACAGAUGCUGCCUAUACCUUUCUGAUAUUUCCGGCUCUCUUUUGGCUGAAAUGAAACCGAAAGCUUUCAGCAGUCAAAGCAGGAGAGGAGGAAUGACCAUCAGACCGGACGGAGGCGCAGCGACGUGAGGCAGCGUCAGGAACUUCAGGAAAGACGAUCCACAGACCCAACAGAGAAGGCUAGACCUCAGAUCACACCCUGUCAGACAUGAGUCUCCAGGUUUGCCACUGCGGCUGGUCCAAAUGUACCACCUACCAGGGCCUGAGAACUCACCAGGGGAAAAUGGGAUGCACCCCGAAGGGAAUGCACAUCCCGGAGAACAAACUAGUUAGCUACUUUCCACGAAGUUAUAUCCAACCAAGACUAAUCACUUCAGUCGAUAUCUUCAAGACUCCUAUGAAGUUUGACUCUUCAGGAUUUGAGGAGCUGCAGGUUUGCCACUGUGGCUGGUCCAAAGUAACCACUUACCAUGGACUGAGAACUCACCAGGGGAUGAUGGGAUGCACACCAAAAGGACUAAGGAUCCCAGAGAGUAACCAGAACUUCCGGAGCAACAUGUUGGAGCAACCUUAUCAAAUGGACAACUGGUCAAUUCUGAACACUCCAGUAAAGGAGGAGAAACUGUUCAUAUCUCCAAACCUCCCCACCCAACUGAAUUAUGGGCUCACUCAAAAACUAACACAGGACAUGAACCAACGAGUGGUCAAAACUGAGCAGGAUUCUCAACAAAUGGUUCCAACCUUGAAUACUACCACAAUUCCAUUUGGCUCCCAGCAGACAGAGACAGAUGCAUCAUCACUGUCAACAGAUCUGAUGAGCUCUCCAUCAUCACGCAUCCUGCUAACAGAGUCCGACUCAUCAAUUUUUCAGACUCCACAACCUUUCCGUCAUGGUUUUCUAUCCUCGGACAACGCCUGCAGAAGGCUUGACUUUUCUUCUGCUUGUCUUAUGGCAGACUCAGACUCAGAAAUUGAAACAAACACACAUAAGGAUGCAGUUACUGUAAAGAAGACAGAAAGAGGAGCUGAAAGGCUGCUGCAGGCACAGCAAGACAGGAUGAAGGUUCUGUUACAGCAGAAAAUUCACAUCCGAGAGCAGAAGAUGACUGAAGUCAGAUCAGCCGUGAAAAGCUGCAAGGGCAGUUUGGAUGAUGAAUGGAUGCAGAUACACAGCGUCUUCUCAGAGGUGAUGAAAGUUGUGGAAGACGCUCGGAAGAAAGCUCUCGAGCCAAUCGAGAAGAGGAGGCGAAAGGUAAAAAGAGACGAACAGAAUCUCCUGCAGAAGCUGCAAGGAGAAAUUGAUAGACUCAGAGACUCCAUUGAUAAACUGGACAGAAGCCAAGACUUGCAGGCCUUUCCACCUUCAAACCUGGAUGGCUCCAAGGAGAUUAAAGAUCUAAAAGUCGACACUUCCUUCUCCUUUGGUACCCUGAAAGCAACAACAUCUACCAUGAUGAAAGACAUCCAGUGGCGUCUGGAAAACCUCUCUUCCCUCGAGCUCAAAAGGAUUACAACCUUCGCAGUGGAUGUAAAGCUGGACUCAGCCACGGCCCACCAUUGCCUUGUCCUGUCCAACGAUGGUAAGAGAGUGAGAGACGGAGGAGAGAAGCCAAAAGCUCCUGACGAUCCGGAGAGGUUCGACACAUUUGGCAGCGUCCUCGGGAUCAAUCGCCUGAACCGCGGCAGGGCGUACUGGGAAGUAGAGGUGAAAAACAAAAGUGGCUGGGAUCUAGGUGUGGCACGGCGGAGCGCAAACCGCAAAGGGGUGCUCAAGGUCAACACAGACAACGGUUAUUGGGUGGCCGUGCAUUUCAAAGACAGGAAGUACGCAGCCCUGACAGUUCCCCCCACAAGCCUCCCGCUGAGCGAGAAACCCCAAAAAGUCGGAGUGUUCGUUGACUAUGAGGAAGGCGUCGUGUCGUUUUAUGAUGUGAUGAACAAGUCGCACAUUUUCUCGUUCACCGAGUGUCUGUUCAAUGAUGACAUUUUACCUUAUUUCAGUCCGCAUCCUAAAAUGAAUGAUAAAAAUGUUGAUCCACUGAUUAUAUCUGUUGUCUAAAAGCAUGCCAUUAUCUUGAGUUGUAGGAUAGUCUCACCACAAAAACCUUUCGAAAAAUACCACGUAAUAAUCACUGGUGUCACACGUGUGGUAACAAUUUUAAUAUAUUCUUUAUUUUUUUAAGUUGAUCUACAAGUCUAUUUUUUCAAAUAAAUAUCCAUGACAUCCUGUUUCACCAGAUUGUAAAAAUCAUGUUAUGCUCAGUGGCUCAGCCACUCUUCAAAAUUUGAAACAUGCAAUUCAAGUAAGGCAGAUGUGUGUUGAUCUUUAUACGUCAGGAAACGGCUACAAGAACGUAACUACUGACCGAACAUCUCUGUAGUCAAACCAGACUGGAACAAUUUUAAAACCCCCAACUGUGACAAACAAGGUUCAACAAAGACUAGGUGAAGAUCGAUUACUGGCAUCAAGGCAACAUUUCCCCUUCUGUAAUUCUUAUAUAAGGCGAAAUGUAAGAUUGGAUUCCUUUGAAAGUGCCAGACUGACUUAAGUUUUCUCUGGUUGCUUAAAGCACCAACUAAACAACUUACACAACUAGUAGAAGGCUACUAAACAUUUCUCUCCAAGAUACAAUCAAGACCCGUUUUCUUGGAUUCAAAUAUGUCCACUCAUCAAAAACGGUUAGUAAUGGUGAGGAAGGUGAAGUAACACCUUGUAAAAGUUAAAGUUGGAAAUAAAAAAUAAAAAAAACUACAGAUGAAAUAGGAAUAUUACAAAAAAUAUUACAAAAAAACACUGCCAGAUAAUCCAGAAAUGGACAAGCAUUUAUGUCUUAUUGUGUGUGCAAACAGUAAAAAAAAAAUAAAAUGAAAUAAAGAAAAAAAACUU